AUGGAUCUGACCCUAUUCGGCACAUGUGAUUCGCCCAUUGGUCAAGACAAACCUAGUUCAAAGCCUGAGCUGGACGAGACUAGCACAGUACCCGGGCUCAAGCCUUCAGUGCCAACGCUUGAGGAUCUCCUCACGACGAGCCCUAAAGAGAUUGACAGUGGCUACAAUUCACUCAGCUACAUUCCUUCGGACUCUGCUGGAGUUGAGAUGGAAACUCCCAGAUUGCCAUUCGAUUCACCCGUAUGCAAAAAGGAUUCUCCUCCAGUCGACAUGAGUUCUGCUGCUCCUCAAGCAUCUAACGAAACAUGGAACCUCGAUAAAGGCAGACCGAACGAGACAGCGAUUGCCGUCGCCUCAAUUAGCGAAUUCGCUUCAAUACCAACUGCCGUUGAGAAAGGCAUAAAUAAGGUCGAAGUUUGCGGUAGUUGCUCACCCACAUUGCCAUGGGAAGGACCGGAAAACGCUGCUGGUAUAGGAAUCGCACAAUCGGUACAUCCAAGUGGAAACGGGGAACCUCAGCUUGUGGUUUCAAUGCCGAACAUGCCAACCAGUGGUCAAGAGUUUUCAGAAAAGAGCAUUUCCAUACAGAGGAAUGACUCAAUUGCCACAUCCUAUACGAUGCACAAUGAAGAGAAUAGUUCUCCGACCAACUCAGAGCAGCCAGUCUCCUUCAGUGCAUUCCAGAUGAGACCACCACAGCAGUCAAAGCACCACGGGGACUACAGUAUUUUUCAGCUACCAUACAACGAAACUACUGGAUUGAACAAUGCUACCCAGCUGAAUGGAAUGCCUUUUACCAAUGAAGAUGCUAUUACUCUGCCCAGCGUAGCGCAAGAUAUAGGAUUUUCGCAACCCGGCAAUUUUGGUCUUGGCACUGAACGGUUUUGCGCGGACGAGACAGCUAAAAUAUACAGUGAUGUGGCGGAAGUCUAUAACGCUGACGAGAGAUCAAGCAAGAAUCAAGGUUCGUCUCGAAACAAACCGCUGAAUGAACUUGCUUCAAGUUUGAUGGAUCAGUGGUACUGUGGGCAUCUAGAUCAUCCCUAUCCAACAAAUGAGGAAAAAUGGCAAUUUGCUAUGCUGGGCGGUAUUACCGUGGCACAGGUCUCCUCAUGGUUCGCCAACAGGAGGACUCGCACUUCAAACACAAAACCGAAGAAAAAUCGUUCACUGCUCUUACGAAAACUACAAGACUUUUGCGGUGAACUGGAAAGAGCUAGCCAUGGGCUGCUGAAUGCGUCUGAGAUAGAACAGCGAUUUCAGGCGCUGUUCAACGAAUUCCAUCCUUAACUGCACAACCAUGACAACUGUGACACGAUGUCACGUAAUAUUCAACAUCUUGAACUCAGGACGUUUAUUUUUGUUUCUUUCGUAUUUGUUUCUACAGUGCUUUGAUUGAACGAUUUCGUUUUUGUUGAUCCAGA